AUGUCCUUGCCAGCGCCUGAGUCUACCAAAUUCCCGUUCUCGCCUCGGCCUGAUUCCGUCGAUGCCUACCUGGCUGAGCAGGGUAUGCUGUCGGUCUCAGAACAACGCAUCAAUGACGUCCUGACUCAGUCUGGCAUAAGAGCUGAAUGCAUCUACCUUCCCCCACACCUUUCUAGGAUCCUUCCCUCGAGGUUGAUUCACGUCGUCUCACAAAUACGCUUCGAGGCCUACAAAGCCAUUAUGAUCAUGCGGAUCUGUAACUCCUGGUACCGAAGGAGGUACGAAUACCUGCACCCUGACGACGACUCCCCGUUUCUUCAACGGCAUAUUCAAUCUGUCCAGCUCCUCCUUGGGUGGGACAAGGACAACAAGCCUGUUAAAGACCAGCCUAUUGCGGUGGCGGACCCGAAAAUUCCUGAAGGUUCGAUCACGUUGGGCUCGCACCGGCGCAGAUACACGGCCUACAAGGAUUUUCAUGAUGAAAUGGUGUGGAGUAUUCGUUGUUGGGUCUAUCAGUCCAGAUUCUAUGCCUACCGCAUGCUGGCGGUGAAAAGUUUCAAACCCGAUUUACCGUCGGAUGUCCUUCCGGCAUUCGAUGCAUGGUUGGAGGGGGAUUUUCAUACGGAGACCCGAAAAUUGAUUCGUCUGUCGAGGAGCGUCCCCUUUUCUCCUUUGUACGAGGUCGCUGUUGAUGAGCUGGCCACGGCCAUUACCCAAAAAGUCGAAGGUGGUGAGGCAAUUGCACGAACUUGGAAAGACUUCGCAACAGGUCCGCAUAGCUAUUAG